CCAACUCCACCCUCGAUGUGUGCGAGGGGUUUGCCAACCUCCCCAAAAGUGCGGCCAGACAGGCUCUGCGCUGCCUCCAGCGCGGGAAGGGCCCUGGGAGAGCGCGGGGGAGUAAGGGGCGCCGCGGGCCAGCAGAACUCACCUUGGCGCGCACCCUGAGCCCCGCAGCACUUCCCCAGAACCGCCCUCGCGCAAACCCACGUCGCCCAGGGAGCGCGCUUCGCUGCUCGCGCUCCUGCUCGCGCCCGCGGCGCGUCCCCGCCCGGUGCAGCCCCUCCUCCCCGCUGUGUUUAUUAGGGGAGGGAGGGCGGAGGCGGAGGCCAGUUCCCUAGCUCCAGCCGCCGUCGCCGCCGCCGACUGUGUAGUUGCAGCAGCCGCCGUCGCUGUCUUCCGCCAGCUCGCUCCGGGGAGAGAGGCAACGUGCACGAGCUCGGGCGUCCCCGCCCCAGCCUUUUCCGGAGCUAUGAAUCCCAACUGCGCCCGGUGCGGCAAGAUCGUGUACCCCACGGAGAAGGUGAACUGUCUGGAUAAGUACUGGCAUAAAGCAUGCUUCCACUGCGAGACCUGCAAGAUGACACUCAACAUGAAGAACUACAAGGGCUACGAGAAGACGCCCUACUGCAACGCACACUACCCCAAGCAGUCCUUCACCAUGGUGGCUGACACCCCGGAAAACCUCCGCCUCAAGCAACAGAGUGAGCUCCAGAGUCAGGUGCGCUAUAAGGAGGAGUUUGAGAAGAACAAGGGCAGAGGCUUCAGUGUGGUGGCAGACACACCUGAACUCCAGAGAAUCAAGAAGACCCAGGAUCAGAUCAGUAACAUAAAGUACCACGAGGAGUUUGAGAAGAGCCGCAUGGGCCCCAGUGGGGGCGAGGGCCUGGAGCCUGAGCGCCGAGACUCCCAGGAGAGCAGCAGCUACAGGCGGCCCCAGGAGCAGCAGCAGCCGCCUCAGCACAUCCCGACCAGCGUCCCGGGUUACCAGCAGCCCCAGCAGCAGGCAGCUCCAUCCUAUGGUGGCUACAAGGAGCCUGCAGUGCCAGUCUCCAUACAGCGCAGCGCCCCAGGCGGGGGCGGGUGGCCUGCAGCUGCGGCGGCGAGCCCGCAGGAGAACAGCUCAUGGGGGAAGGAUGAACCUGACCAGCCGAGCAUCCUGCUUUGCUGACACACCGGUGGAUUUUUGCUUCUCGUCAUUAUUUCGGCUCCUGGUCUCCAGCCCAAGGAGAGGCUUCUUAUCAACAGCAGCAGUCCUGCUGCCCAGCAGACCUCUUCCAGAGCCUUCCGGAAAUGGUUAACCUCUGUCAAGCAAGGGGUUUUGUGAGCUCAGAGGCAAAGGCACUCAGCUGGGACAUCAGGAAUUCACGGGCAUGGCUGGCAGAUGCUGUGUGUUUGAGCUGUAGGUAGAGGGUGUUAAAAACACAGCACUGAAAUGUAGAUUCUUUAGUUACCAUGGAGAACUACUCAAAUAUUCACUUUGAUAGCCUUUCCUUAGGUGUAAAUGCAACUGCAUAUUAUGCUAAAAUAUGUUCUUUCCUUUCCCUUUCACAGGCAGAUGUUUCUGAGUUCAGGAGCACGUUGUGUAUCUUCAUCUGCAUAGUAGUCACUCAUCAGUCUUUAUAGAUUGCCUAGUCUGGGGCUGUGUGGUUUCCCUCGUCUCACUCUCUGGCCAGAAGGAACUUGUCAUUUGAGUGUUUAAGAUUUAUUGUUAUCUUUUCCAUUCCAUACCACUUUUGCCCAGCUUCUCUUUUAGGAAAAUGGUUAGAUAGUCCUCAUUCUUUGUGCCUGGCUGAAUUACAAAUCACUGAAACGAGAUGGCUAUAUUUAUCUUACUUGUUUAUUCAGGAAAAAAAUCUCUCUUACCCAAACUAAAUAUUUUUUAUAUUGUUGAAUAUUCCUUUUCUGGAAAAAAGCCCAUCUAUGUAUUUCUCUGUCCAAUUAGGUUUGAAGAAACCACCUUAUUUUGGGAUCCAGAGUAGAGUAGGGCUCCAAAUCUGUGGUAUCUAUUCCUGAAAAGUCCAUCAUAAUUUCUACUUUUGCUUUAACUUUCUAGUUUAAAAAUAAACAAGGAGUAAGAUUAACUUUAAUAGUUUUUAUUCUUAGCAUUGUGUUCAAAUUCCAUGCUUUAAAAGGAAAUAAAAUUGAGGCAGUAUAACAUAUGUCACAAUUAAAAUGGAAAACUUGCACUUUAAAAUUUUGGCCAAGGAAAAACUAGUUCUGGAGCUUUGUCCUGGCAACAAAUUAUGUGACCUUAAAUAAGUCAUUUAACUUACAGGGCUUCAGUGUAUUCUGACAAGUGAAAGGUUGGACUUUCCCAUUUUAAAAAUUCUGUAAUUCGAGGAUGCAUAAUCUUUGGUAACUACAACUUUGAGAACAGAAUUCCCAUGGAACAAACUCUUAAUAGUUUACCAGUUGUGAGCUUUUCUGCUCUACCCAAAUGAUGUUUUAUAAUAAUUCAUCCGCAAAACUCUUUUCUUGGCAUCAACAGCCACAUUGUGAGGAGAAAAUGACAAUGUUUAUUUACCCCAAACAUUUAUCACCAAUAAUUUGCCUAAGCUGUUCAGGGAAUAUUAAACAAGUACAAUACUUGUUUGGUAUGUAACAAAAAGAGGUAAUCUGACCAAUAUACUAAUGCAAGAAGCGGAGCUCUGAACAUUAAUACAUUCAUGGAUGAUCUUCAGUUAUCUGUAGAAUCUUUGAUAUGACAUUUCCCACUAAAAAUUUCCUCUGGUUCUUUGGUGUAACUUUGUGUUUCAAACUAAAAUUUUCUACUUAAGUCACCAUAGCAGCUCUUACCUUACCUAACAUAAUUAGGGCAAGUGUCAGUAUUUUGGAGGGAUCCAAGUUACACAGUUAAUUAUGGUGGCAUAGAUCUUCAUGGUAUGGUCUCUGACCAAGCGGGCUCUGAAGUCUUUUAUAAGGUUAAGGCUCUUCAGUCUGUACCCAUACAAAGUUGAAACAACUUACAAAUUCAGUGAAAACAAUCAGCUAAUUUCAGUUAUACACCAGUGAUAUUGUAUACAAUAUAAGGACAGAAAGGUCAAUAUUUUCAGUUACUUGUGAAAUAUUGUUUAAAAAAUAAUUACACUUUGGAAGAAACUUUAUUACUUUGUGCCUAUUUCAUGCUGUAAUAUGAGUUUAUAACAGAGUUCUAUUAUUGCGUUCAUCAUUUUGAUAACAUUUUUUUAAAACCACAUUUAAACUAUUUGUAUUUUGGCAUCCUAAAACAAAACACUGAAAAAAGUUAUUUCUGUAAUAUAAAGUUUUGUUAGUUUUACAAAUCUGUGUCAUUGGGCAAUCCUGUCCUAUAAAAUGAGGGCUGUACUUCACCCACAUCAAUGUAGUAAAAAUAACUCUAAAAUAAUUGUAGUUUACUUGAAAAAACUGUGGCAUAAUGCUAAGAUUACAUUAAUACCUGCUUUCUUGGUAAAAAAAAAAAGGGGUUUGUGUGGAAAAGUGAUGUUAUUUCACUUCAGGAGAAGACAGUAUAUUUUGGGAAACAGUUAAGUAAUGGAAUGAUAAUUCUUACUAAGUUAGAACCACCUAAGACUCACUAUUCUGGGUAUGUGGAAUCAAAUCCAACCUUUUUGAGUUUGAAACUUGGCAUGAUAUGAUUUAUGAAAUUUCAGAAAAUUUGUUUGCUUUUAAAAGGCUUAAAAGUAACAUUACUCAUACUUCAGAAUCUCUUUAAAGUAUCAUUUUGAUUUUAAAUUACUCAGAAAUAAUGGGAAUUUCCCUUAAUACACACUUAAGCAUAGUUGAAGUGGAAAAUAGUUUUGCUUCCUUUAUUUUAAACAAAUAUAAAGUCAUAUAUAAAGAUGGAAAUAGAAAAUCACUGACACAACUUGCAUUAUAGAUUCAAACAUGCAAAGGCAGAUAUAUUUAGAAAUACUUAAGAAAUGUUUUUUUCUUAGAAAGCCAUUUAAGAUCUUGUUAGUUAUGGGAAAGUACAGGUAAUCCACAAUACUUAAAUAUGUAUUUUGUUUUUUGAAGCUUAUGCUUAACUAUAAUUGCAACAUUUCUAUUUUAGCAGCAAUUGGUUGGGAAUUUGGUCUCUGGAUUAAAUAGCAGAAUAAUAAAGAAUACAAUCCUACUUACA